AUGACAAUCCACAAGUCACAGGGUCAGUCAUUUGACAAGGUAGGUGUUUAUCUGCACAGCUCUGUCUUUGUGCAUGGUCAGUUGUACGUAGCUUUGUCGAGAGUGCGCUAUGCAAAAGGUCUAAGGGCGUAUGUUGUUGACAAUGGAGACCAAGGAAAGCAUGAGAAUGGUAAAGCAUACACUAUAAAUGUUGUAUACAAUGAGCUACUGGAAUGA